CCGCCAAAAAGAGGGCUGUAAAUAGAUAUUACAAUAGUCUUGCUUUCAAAAAAUAUAAUCUCAUACCUGUGCCAUCGUGGCUCCAUUCCAUGCAGAGUGUGGGCUCUUGCAGCUCGAACACAUGAAGUCGUUCAUACCUUGAGCAUGCGCAUAAUUACUCCUUACGCAUGCGCGGCUUCGCACGUGCGUUAAAACUGCGGCGCGCGCGAAAAGUGGUCUUUCUGUGUGUGUGCAUUGUGUGAAUAUCAGUUACCUGUCCAAUGAAUCCAGGACCCAGUCUUUCUCCUCGUCUGCCUCAUACCCUCUGCUUACAGCCAUUGCCCUAUAUGGCCAGACGAAGCACGCACACGUGCGCACCGGCACUCGGCAGUGACGACGGUUAUUCUGAUUAAAGAUCACCGCGCCACUCCCAUCAAAUUCGCGACCCCAGACAAAACGUGUGCUCUCCAGCGGUUUUGUACAGCUACUGAAGAAGAAGCGCUUUACAUACGACAUCCACGGAGAAGUAAACGUGACAGCAUCCCCGGUUAGUAGCUCAGAAGAGACGAGAAAGCAAAGACAACCCCCCAUCCUCACCUGACCUGGGAGUAAAACUAGGAGAAGGCGGAGGGAGAGAGCGAUGCCGCUGUUCAAGUCCUCCCCCAAGAGCCCCCAGGAGCUGGCCAAGGGUCUGAAGGAGGCGCUGGGGGUGCUGUCCAGCGGGGGAGCCAAGAGAGCCGAGAAGGCUGCCGAGGAAGCCGCCAAGAUCCUCGGACAGAUCAAAGUGAUGCUGUACGGAUCGGGUGACCAGGAGCCGCAACCGGAACUGACCGCCCAACUCGCCCAAGAGUUCUACAAUCACGACAUUCUGCUCCAUCUCAUAAACAACAUGGCAAAACUCGACUUUGAGGCGAAGAAGGACCUGGCACAGAUCUUCAACAACGUCCUGCGUCGCCAGAUUGGGACCCGCUGUCCAACUGUCGAGUACUUGUGUUCCAAAUUUGAGCUCGUCCUCAAACUAAUUAGAGGGUAUGAGAAUCCGGAGGUCGCCCUCAACUGUGGCAUGAUGCUGAGAGAGUGUGUCAGGCACGAACCGCUCGCCAAACUCAUUCUCGAAAACGGCGAUUUCUACCUCUUCUUCAAGUUUGUCGAACUCUCCACUUUCGACGUCGCCUCUGACGCCUUCGCCAUGUUUAGAGAUUUGUUGACGAGACACAAAAUUCUGUGUGCAAAUUUUCUAGAAACAAACUACGAAAAGGUGUUUGUAGACCACUACCAGAAGCUACUGAACUCGGAAAACUAUGUGACUAGAAGGCAAUCCCUAAAGCUACUGGGGGAGUUGUUACUGGACCGACACAAUUUCACAACCAUGAGUCUCUACAUCAACAACCCGGACAACCUGAAGCUGAUGAUGAAGAUGCUUAUUGAUCCCAGCAGAAAUAUACAGUUUGAGGCGUUCCACGUGUUCAAGGUGUUUGUGGCCAACCCAAACAAAUCGAAGCCGAUACUUGACAUCUUGCUGAGGAACCGAGAGAAACUUACAGACUUCCUCACAAAAUUUCACACAGAUCGCACAGAGGACCAACAGUUUAACGAUGAGAAGCAGUACUUGAUCAAACAAAUUCGGGAAAUGCAACCGGCUGCGGAUACUGCCACGGCAACGGCAGAAGCAGCUGCCGUAUAACACUUCUAUUUAGAGCACACUCACACCCGCCGUCAUGUGUACUGUGGCAUUUGAAACUAGCCAGUUUUUUGUACAAAAAUGAGUUUGUCUAUUGAGUCUGUUCAAUAUAAUUAUUAUGUAUAUUAUACAUAAUAUGCAAGAUUUUAAAACGUGUUGAAAAUGAUGAGUGAGUAAAGAGUUAAAUCAGUCGGUCUUUGGUUGGUAGUGACGGUACUCUGGCUUUAGGUGCCACAUGUUUCUAUGAGGGGCUUUGACACUGUACUGGCACACCUCCUUCAGAAUCUCUCGGAGAUAGGACACCGGUUGCUGAGUCUUCUGAACCAGGUCCUUGAAAUUGUAGUACUCGUGUUGCUGGAAGGCAGAGAAGAUUAGAUCGAGGACAACUUCCCUGUCGUCCUUUGCCCUCUUCCCAGCCUCCUUCUUUUUCUUCUCGUGAUCAGCAUAUUCUUUUUGGUGUGAUCGUGGUUUGUAGACGGUGGCUGGAGCUCUGUCUAACUGCUGUGCCGUGUUCUUCGUCUUCCC